AUGAAUUCGGCCUUGCGACUAUUGCGGCCAAUUGCACGCGUGCGAUGGCGUGGUGAUAGCAGAGCAUGGACGAGGACGCGGGACGCAAGAGUUGGCAUCACGAGGACCUACGCUGAGAUUGCCGUUCCUGCAGCAGAACUUCGGUUCGGCCAACCACUGCAUGAGACGCAUCCACAUCUCCUCAAGGCUGGGGAAGUUACACCCGGAAUUACAGCCCUGGAGUACCACCAACGCCGCGCUGCCCUUGCCAAAGAGUUGCCGCCCAAUUCCGUUGCCAUACUCGCGGCGAAUGACUUGAAAUAUGCAUCAGGUGCCGUCUUCUAUAAGUUCCACCAAGACCCAGACUUCCUGUAUCUCACAGGGUUCAAAGAGCAGGAUGCAUUGGCUAUCAUAGAGAAACAUGAGGAUGGUGACCAUACUUUUCAUCUAUAUGUGCGACCCAAGGAUCCCAAAGUGGAAGCAUGGGAAGGUCCCAGGUCAGGCGUUGAAGCCGCAGAAGAUGUCUUCAAUGCAGAUGUGAGCGGUAGUAUCGACGACCUACCCCGCCUCCUCCCCGAGAUAGUAAACCGCGUGCAAAACAUCUACACCGACCUUCCCCAAAACCGCGUCUCCAAGAACCUGAUUUCCCGCUACCUGGCGGGUGCAGAACCUUCACGCACAGGUGGUAUAUAUAGCGUUUUCCGCGAAUCCCCAGCAAGCAUCAAGUCCCUACGUCCACUCGUAAACGAACUGCGUCUCAUCAAAAGCGACACAGAGAUCAAAAACAUGCGCCACGCCGGCCAACAUUCCGGCCGUGCCAUAACGGACGCCAUGCGCCAAACCUUCACCACAGAAAAAGACCUCGACUCCUUCCUCGACUACUGGUUCAAGCAAGACUCGUGCGACGGCCCUGCCUACGUGCCCGUCGUAGCUGGCGGCAUCAACGCAAACACGAUCCACUACGUCUCAAACGACAUGCAACUAAACCCCAACCACCUCGUCCUCGUCGACGCCGGUGCCCAAUAUGGCGGCUACGUUACAGACAUCACGCGUACAUGGCCCGUAUCCGACGCUAUACAAACACUCUUUCCCCACCACGUCGGUCACUACGUCGGCCUAGACGUACACGAUAGCCCCGGCCUCUCCCGAAGCAGACUCUUCGAGAAGAACAUGUGUGUGACGGUCGAACCCGGUGUCUACGUCCCAGACGAUGAGCGUUGGCCCAAGUGGGCGAGGGGCAUAGGCAUUAGGAUCGAAGACAGUGUUUGUAUAGACGAUACAAGUCCUUUUGUGCUUACUACCGAAGCCGUCAAGGAAGUUGUGGAUAUCGAGGCGUUGAGGGGGAGUGAGACCAAGAUCUGA